GGCCGGGGCCCUUGCUGGCGAGGGAGCGGGAGAGGUGGCGCGCGAGCGGCGCCGGCUCGGAAGAGGAGCCUCUCACGUGACUUCCUGGAAGUUGCCUUGGAAAUGCGGGCAGGGAGAAGAGAAAUGACCUAAUCUACGUUCUACCCUGAAAGGGCGAAAGGGGGUUGGGGAGGGGAGUUGGGGAAGCCAGAAGGAGAGCUAUGCCUGGAGUUCGGAGGAGGCUGCCUGCAAACAGGACCCUCACGUCGCAGUGCACACACCAUCAUGUCGCCGUGUUCCUGCUCACUUUCUUCAGCUACUCUCUGCUCCAUGCCUCCCGGAAGACGUUUAGCAAUGUCAAAGUCAGCAUAUCCAACCAGUGGACCCCCUUUCCCCAUAACAACACUUCCCCCAACCUCCAGCCAAAUGAGCUCUGGAACAAUAGCCAUAUAUUUCCCGACACUAGGAAAGCCACACUCUUCCUUGGAACUUUGGACACCAUCUUCCUGUUCUCGUACGCUGUGGGUCUUUUUAUCAGCGGUAUUGUUGGGGAUCGCCUGAAUAUGCGCUGGGUCCUGUCAUUCGGCAUGUGUUCCUCUGCAGUAGUGGUGUUUGUUUUUGGCACUGUCACUGAAUGGCUGCAUUUCUACAACAAGUGGUUCUAUUGCUUCCUGUGGAUUGUGAACGGCUUGCUGCAGUCGACUGGCUGGCCCUGUGUCGUAGCUGUCAUGGGAAACUGGUUUGGCAAAGCUGGGAGGGGGCUUGUGUUUGGUCUCUGGAGUGCUUGUGCCUCGGUGGGCAACAUCUUUGGAGCAUUUCUUGCCUCUUCAGUUCUGCAGUAUGGCUACGAAUAUGCCUUCCUGGUGACAGCUUCAGUACAGUUUGCUGGAGGAAUCAUUGUCUUCUUUGGCCUGGUGAUUUCCCCCAAGGAAGUAGGCCUCCCUGACACUGGCGAAGAGGGUGAUGGUUCUGCUGAAGAAGAUGUCAGCGAGCCGUUAAUUGGUAGCAGUGACGACGAUGACGACGACGAUCAGAAUUACUCCAUUCAGGCAGCUGAUCUGAGCAACAGUGGUGGCAGCAGCAACGCACGCCAGCCCAAGGCUAUUGGAUUUUUUCAGGCUUGUUGUCUACCUGGGGUUAUAUUGUAUUCCUUGGCCUAUGCCUGCUUGAAGCUAGUGAACUACUCCUUUUUCUUCUGGCUGCCUUUGUACCUCUACGACAAUUUUGGAUGGAAGGAGGCGGAAGCUGAUGAGCUGUCGAUCUGGUAUGAUGUCGGAGGGAUUAUAGGCGGCACCAUCCAAGGCUUCAUCUCUGACAAGCUGCAAAAGAGAGCCCCGGUGUUAGCCGUUAGCCUCAUCUUGGCUAUUGCAGCUCUCUUGGGAUACAGCCGUUCACCAAACGACAAACUUAUCAAUGCAGUUCUCAUGGCAAUAACAGGCUUUUUCAUCGGAGGCCCUUCCAAUAUGAUCAGUUCCGCCAUUUCUGCAGACCUGGGGCGUCAGGAGAUGGUGAAAGGAAGCAGCGAGGCUCUGGCGACUGUGACGGGGAUUGUGGAUGGCACUGGGAGCAUUGGAGCAGCUGUGGGCCAGUCACUGGUAUCUUUGAUUCACGAUAAAUUGGAAUGGAUGUCGGUUUUCUAUUUCUUCUGCCUGAUGAUCGGUUUAACAGUGCUCUUCAUCACACCUUUAAUAGUUAAAGAAAUAAAUAUGCUGCGGGCAGAGAGGCGUUUGCGCAGGUUGGCUGGCUGAACUCCCCCUUCUCUGUGCCACUCAAUGGAACUGUCCAAGGAAGGACCACUAAGCGGAGGGGAGUUUCAGGACAUCAAGCAGCUAAUGUUUACUUUGUCAUUUACAUCCGUUGUUGAUGGCCACAAAAGAAUUUGCUGCUGCGAAGUUUGCGUCUGAAUGCCCUAAUACCACCUGAAGAUAAGCUGCAGCCGCCUGCAACCUGGAGGUGUCUGUAUGUUUAUAGUGGGCUUGCAGAACUGGCCAGAGAUACAUUCUGCCCACCCCCCAGUUUUACCUCUGGUUCUUGGAGCCAGUUUUGGCAAUCACCAGGAUCAAAUCUUAAAACUCAUCUCCCACUCCCCUGCUCGGACUACAACAUUUUGGGCUGCAGGUGGCUGAUCUCAGCUUUGAAUACGCCCUCCACAAAAAUAAACCUUGCAGGUAGAAAAUGAGCAAAUCCAAGAGAGGACUUCAAAUCUGCUGUCUUCCUAUUAUGCUAAUUGUCUCAGUGGAGGGGGGGGGAACCCCACCUGCAGCCUGAGAUGGAACAAUCUGGGGCAUGCCUCUCCACUUGAUGCUGAUAACUUUAUAAACUGACUCUUAUCAGUUGCUUGUAAAUUGCAUCUGAACACCUGACAGCAGCCAGGUAGCUACAACUGACACCCCCUUUUUGCAGCUUUUUUUAUAGCAAAGUCAGGGGAAAGCUGUUUCGUUACUUGACACUAUAAAUCAGGCUUGGGCCAGUCCAGUGCAGGGUUUUGGUAUGUGUCUGUGUUGUAAACGCGUUGUGCCAAGCACCUGCCUCCUGGUUUCUACCUGGCCCUGUAUUUACAAAAUACACAGCAGGAACCUUUGGAAGCAGCCCAGAUCCUUAGCCCGCUCGUGUAUAAAGAAUGGUUGUUGUGUU